CGUGAACUAAUUGCGAACAAAGGGUCGUUGCAGCAGCGAACGUUAAUCAACACCAUCAAUUUCUGCAGCUACCUUAUUCCCCCGUUCGCCGCCUUCAUCACGGAGCCUUUGCGAAGACGCAAGCUGACAUUCAUCAUUUCGACAUAAGCAUGCCUCAAUAAUUUAGUAGAACCAGCGACUACUCCUUGUGGACAGGCACCCAUUCUCUCCUGUUUGCACAAUCUAUCAUUCUGCCACGAUGGCUCCCCAAUCUUCAACCCCGCCUUCUCUCCCUCCUACUGUCGAAGACGCUUACCGACGAAAAUGCAUCGAACUCAAGGCGCGCUACAAGGAGAUUGAAGACGAGAACGACGCGUAUCGUCUACGCCUAACGCGCCUCAAGCGCCAAAUCCAGAAAUGCCGCCUCGAGCGCGCCAUCCUCCUCGAGCAGAUCUCCAAACGCACCAGCACUAACGUUGCCGACUCGGAAGGCAGUCCCAGCCCGCCCCCAACCCCUAAGGACAAGCCCCUGCGCAUCAAGCGAGGCCAUCGCAAGCUGCCCGGCGGCAUUGAUGACGGCAGCUUCAUGAGCCAUAGCAUUCGCGGCCUCUCCCCUGGCUCCGAAACGUACUCACACAAUGCGGAGUCGUUCCCGAGCGGGCGCGGUGGCGGCGGCGCAGCCGUGUCCAAUGGGUUACCCAAGCCGCCCAAGCGACCGAGCAAUGCAUUUGAGAUCUACUGCAACGACAUGCGGCCCCAGUUCCAGGCCAAGCACAAGGACAAGAUUGAGGCCGGGAAGUUCCGGCUUGAGGAGGAGCUGGCGCGCGGGUGGAAGGACCUGCCCAAGGAGGACAAGGACGCUUUCCAGACGCGGUACGAGCAGGAGCUUGGCCGGUGGAAGGAGGAGCGCGAGGCGUACCGGCGGGGCGCUAAGGAAGCUGCUGCUCGGGAUCGCUCGCGCGGACGUGAUAGCUACUAUGGUGGUGGUGGUGGGGGUGCGGGGAGUGGAAGUGGACGAGGUCGUGGCUCGGCUGCGGCGCGCCAUCGCAUUGAGAGGAUCCUGCAGGAUGAUGAUGGAGAUGACCAGGACCAGUACGAGGACCAAGAUGUGGAGAUGGGUGAGGCGGCAGAUGCGAUGGAUGCCGAGGAUCGGGACAAUGACCCGGCCGAGACGGAUCCGGAGACAGAGGUCGAGGACAACGAGGCGCAGGGCGAGGAGUAGUAUCGAGACCUGCCGAGUGGUCACAGCCGAUGGUUCUCUGUAUUUGAUGCUGGGAAAAUGCAGUAGGAUCAUCCACGUGUGCUCUGGGCACAAGGGAGACACCAGCCCUCGUGAUUGGGUUUCUUGGCAGACAUUUUGUCAUUUUUCACACAUUGGCUUUUCUUCUCAGCUUGCGGGUCGGCGUUUACGGUGCGCUGGGAUUAUCUCAUUCAAAUGAGUUGAGGCCUUUUAAGGUUCAACGGGAUUGUACGACUAGUGAUAAAAGUAAGGAGCCUAGGGGCAUCCAAGAAAGAAAGAACAAUAGCCGCUGCCAUGCUGUGGUAAUAAGGUGAUAACGAAUUGAUAGCGUUGCUUUCUUUGCAACAAGUAACA